AUGCGGCGCGGGCGGCCGGCGGGUGCGGGCGGCCCGUGCCUGGGCGCGGCGCUGUGCGGGGCGGCCGCCUUCGCGCUCCUGGCCGCGGCGCUGGGCUCCGACUACUGGUACCUGGUGCGCGUGGAGCCGGCGCCCGGGGCCGCCCCGCACCCCGGCACCGGCCCGCUCGGCUCCCACUCCGGCCUUUGGCGCGUCUGCGAAGGCUGGGAUCCCUGCGUGCCGCUGAUCGACCCCUUCGGGAGCGAGAGCCGGGAGGUGCCUGCCUCGCUGCAGCAUCUCAUCCGCAUGCACCGGGCCUUCGUGGUCCUGCUGCCCCUCAGCCUCAUCCUCAUCGUCUUCGGCUGGGGCUGCGGUGUCAUCGGCUCCUUGGCCCAGAGCUCCUGCCUGCUGCUCUUCACCGGCUGCUACUUCCUGCUGGGGGGCCUGCUGACCCUGUCUGGGAUCUGUGUCUACAUCCACUACUCGGGGGCGGCCUUCGUUGAGACCGUGCGCCUGUACGACCUGCAGCGCUUCGACCGCGUCCACGUGGGCUUCGGCUGGUCCAUGGCACUGGCCUGGCUCUCCUGUGGCACUGAGGCACUGGCCGGUGCCCUCCUCCUCCUUGCUGCUCGCCUCAUCUGCCGGCAGCAGGCCAUGCACUCAGUGGCCAUCUGAGCCAUGCGUGGGGGGUGCCCCAGGUGCCCAGGGUCAGGCAGAGCUGGCCAUGGCAGGGGCCAAAGCCUGGAGCAUGGCACGCUGGGCUGACCCCCUCCACCUAGCUGCUGCCGGUUGCAGACCGGCUCCCUGAGCUUGGGCACCUGCCUCUCCGUGGGGCUGGGGAGAACGGGCCACAGUGCCGUGGAUGCAGCAGGGCUGCCCUGCUGAAAGGAGGGGGUUGCAAGCCAGGCCUCCAGCUGAGCUCCCCCUGCCCCUAUGGGUCGGUGUCUCCCAGACAGGAGACCCUGCUCCCCCUGCCCGGUGCAGCCUGACAAACCCUGUGGGGCUGGAGAGGAGCACGGCAGGGGAGGGGGCUGCUGGCCCAGUGCCAGGCAGCUCCUGGGGCAGCCAGCCCCAUCCUGAGCCCGCUGUGCCCGUGCCCCCCACCCUCCUGCCACGUGCUGCUGGGGCUUUAGCUGCCCUCUGCUUCCAGGGCCUCUGGCCCACACCUGCCCUGCCCCCGCAAC